AUAUGAAAUUAAGCAAAAUUCAAACGUCAUUUAUACGGAAGAUAAUGGUCAUAGAGAAAUUUAAGUUUCAUAGGUCAUAGAUUAACUGUUCGGUAAGUCAUAAGUCUAUGAAAGAGUAUUUCCGUCGAUAUCGCAUCCACAGAACACUAUGUAAUGUGAUCUAUGAAAGAACGCCAUAGACUUCAAAACGUUACAAGUUGUCAAUAUUUUGUAAAGAUUGUAAUAUCUCGAAAUCGAAGAAAAGAUGAAGAACGAGCAGGCAGAACCCGAUCAAGAUUCCGUCACGCUUUUGUACGAAUCUGGAGCUCAAGCGGCCGAGGCCAACGAAACCAAACAAGGCGCCGAUUCCCUAUCCGCUAACAGCUUCGAAAUUUUCGACGCUCUGAGUCCCCACGACGACAUAUGGAAAAGUAGAGAUUUCAAAAAGAAGAUAAACACCCUGGGACCGGACAUUUUCAAGAAUCCAAAACUCGCGGCCAAAGUAGAACCUUUCAAAUUGGAAUGGGCGUUCGGUUUCAAUAAGGAUGCGACCGUUCUGAAUCUGUACCAUUCCGAUAGGGCGAUGCUCUUGUUCAAUGCGACCCAGUGCGGCGUUUUGUUCGAUGUGAAACAGAAAAAGAUGAACUUUCUACAGGGACACCCGAAUAAAGUUGUCGCAGUUUCUUCAACGAGCAACGGCAGCUUCCUAGCUUCCGCCGACUCCGGACCGGAUAAUAUAAUAGUCGUUUGGCAGACUUCGGAUAUCUCGCCUGUGGUGAUAUUCUUCGAUCCGUACGAUGGUUAUCAUAUACUGAACGUGGCGCUCAGUCCUAAGGGUACUUUUCUGGUAUCUGUGGGUGAGAAAGACGAAGAAAACCUCAGGAUCGACCUGAGAUUAUGGACCGAAGGCAGGGAUGAACCGGACGGGCAAGUUACGCUGGAAAAUUACUUCGGCAAAGUGCUAAAGAUCUCCUUCAACCAGAACAACGAAUGCUACUUCGCCGUGCUCUUCGAAAGGGCCGUGGCGUUCCUGUAUUGGGACGAGGAGAGAAAAGUCCUGUUAGAACCCGAGAUACCGACCAUUAAAUACCGGGGAAAAAUCGGUCACCUCACCGACAUGACGUACAUCGAGCGUAGUCACGAAGCGAUGGUCUCCACCUCCGAAGGUUGCAUAAUAAUUUUCGGAAACACCCUGUAUUAUCAGGAAUUCGAUGCCGCCAAUGUCUCCGGUAUCACCAUCGCGGUGAAAAUAUGCAAGAUCACCAAAGUUUCGGUCAACACGAUCGAUUCGGCAGAUACGGCGGUACUAACAGGCGACGACAAGGGGAUCGUAAACAUCUUCGACAAGAGACUGCGACUGCUCUUCUGGUACCAGCAGUACCUGGGCAAGCCGGUGCUGACCGCGAGGUUCAACAUGCAGCCGAGACGUUACCACAUAACCAGACUGUGCCUCAACGAGGUCAUCCAGAUGGAAAUGAUCGAGUUCGAUUCUUUGGAGGACUCCCUGUUCCAAGACGACGCGGAGAAAUACGAAAUCAUCUACAGGGAUACGCUGAAGAAAGACGCGUCUCCAGUGGGCGAGCGAUGGGUCUUGAGGGAUUUCAUAGUUGUUCAAACCGACACCGUGUCUCUCGUGGAUUUCAUCAAUAACGUACACACCCUCAUCUACGAAAGAGGUCACGACCACGUUGGCGCAAUAACUGUCCACGACGAGUUCACCUACUUGGUGGUCGGUUACAAGAACGGCACUGUAUGUCUGUUCGAUUACAUGGACAACUUCUUGCACGUCAAGUAUACUAUGCCGGAGGCCGUGGAUGAAGAAGAACAAAGCGCAACGAUUACUUGUAUUGAAUAUUCCCCCAACUCUCUGUUUUUGGCGUGCGGUCGUAGCAACGGAGAAAUAUGGUUCUUGGACCCCAUUCUGUUGACGCCAAAGCAGGAGGUCAUAACCGUCUCGAAUUAUUACAUCGAGAAAAUCGCCUUUUCGGUCAACAACGACCAAAUGGCAUUCUGCAAUAAUCGCACAACCGUUUACAUGAUGAUCUACGAUAAGCGCCAAUCCAUGUGGGUUUUCAUCGGAAAAACUAGGUCUCACUACAAGACCAUAUCGGAGAUGUUCUUCAUGAAGACGGAUCCUAAAGAUUUGGUCACGUUAGGCAUGGACAGAUUCCUGAUAACUUACAACAAUAUCGACAUCCAACAAGGAGACGACUUCCAAGCAACCCUAAAGGUGAGAAUAGAUCAGACUGCUGUUCCACUGUCUUGCGAGGUAUACCCCCCGAAGCACAUCCACUCGCCUUUCAGAUACUUCAUCCUAACCGACGAUCAACACAAAUACAAACUUCUCAACGAGGAAACACAAAUGUGCAGGUUGGUUGCUCUGGGACCAGCCUAUGGAUGUUACCAAGACACCCCCGUCAAAAAGAUUAAAUUGUUACCUGAAAGGGAUGACGAUUACUUGGUGUUCAUGACCAAGAAACAUUUCGGCUUGCAGAAACUCCCGAUCUCUGGAAACCCUUACAGUUUUGUUGGAUGUUUUGGACACGCCGAAGAGCUGAUUGAUUUCAAAGUGAGUGGAGACGGUGACUACGUAUUUACGUUUGGAAGGGACGAUACCACAGUUUUAAGGUGGAAAACUGAAACUCGAGGUGUCGAUCUUAUGCAAAACUUAGGAGGUCAAGACUUUGAACCCUUCUACUGCGUCAUCGAAGGUGGAAAAAACGGGUUUCUAUUCCAGGAAAUGCAAGAUUUGUUUUUUUACAUGCAAAUCUUGCACGAGGGAGAAAAUUCGACUUUACCAAGAAGAGUGAGCGACAAACUGGCGGUAUCAGAACUUCCAGACUUGAUGAGAGCUUGCGGAUACUAUCCGACAGAUUUUGAAAUAGAGACUUUCAUAGUGGACAUAAAGUACAGGGACUUUGAUAAAGAUGGUACAAUCAAAGACAUGAUAUCAUUUCUCGAAUUUGUAAAACUGUAUGUGAAUCAUAAACCAGUGUACGGAUAUUCUCUUGCUACUUUGGAAACUAACUUCAACACUUUUGUCGAGUGUGUUGAAGAUCCCAUGCCUGGUAUGAUAAAAAGAGAUGAUUUCUUAGAACUGCUGACGGAAGAAGGAGAACCUUUCACUUUAUCCCAGAUAAAUAAGUGUAUGGAAAUUUUGCUUGGGGCAAGUGGUGCCUCGGAAGGAGGACAUUAUCUCUUUGAUUUCAUACCGGAGGACAUAGAUUAUGAUAUCCUUAUUGACGACAUACUUGGAAUUGACAUGAAUAGGGAAAAAAUAGAUGUGCGAGACUCGGAAACAAAGUCAGAAAACUCUUCGAUUUCCGUCUUGAAAGAAUCAUAAACUCAUCAAAUAUAGUUUUUUAUAUAUUUAAUAUUGAUUGGAAAUAAAUAAGUAACAUUUUCUAGUUAA